AAGUUGUCCCCUCCAAACGGUUGUCGUCAGCGUCUCAAGUUCUGUAUAACCUGCAUUUGAUAAAGAAUUAAAAGUGAAAUCCAUACAAGAUGUCUGCAGCAACAAAAGGUAUUUAUAUCGUGGCUGCCAAGCGCACGGCCUUUGGUACCUUCGGAGGCGCCCUGAAGGGCAUUAAUCAGACACAGCUGCAGACAGUGGCAGCCAAGGCUGCCCUGGAUGCGGCUGGUCUGAAGGGAGAGCAGGUGGACACCGUCAUUGUCGGCAAUGUGAUUGCGUCCUCCUCCACGGACGGCAUUUACGUACCGCGCCAUGUGGGCCUCAACUGUGGUGUGCCCAUUGAGAAGCCCGCCCUGGGAAUCAAUCGCUUGUGCGGAUCUGGCUUCCAGUCGAUCGUGAACGGAGCCCAGGACAUUCUGGUGGGCGGAGCUAAGGUGGCGCUCACCGGCGGCGUGGAGAACAUGUCACAGAGUCCGUUCAUUGCCCGCAACAUUCGUUUUGGCACCACCCUGGGGGCCAACUACAAUCUGGAGGACGCGCUGUGGGCAGGACUCACCGAUAGCCGCUGCAAACUGCCCAUGGCCCUCACAGCCGAGAACCUGGCCGAUCAGUACAAGAUCAGCAGGGAGCGUGUGGAUGAGUUUGCGCUGCUGUCGCAGAAGAACUGGGAGAAGGGUCAGAAGGAGGGCGCCUUCGAUGCGGAGAUCACUCCCAUCAAGCUGAAGGUGAAGGGAAAGGAGGUGGACUUUGUCAUCGAUGAGCAUCCUCGCCCCAAGACCACCAUCGAAGGCCUGAACAAGCUGCCCUCGCUCUUCAAGAAGAACGGAGUUGUUACGGCCGGCACAGCGUCUGGCAUCUGUGACGGAGCUGCCGCCGUGAUUGUUGCCUCUGAAGAGGCUCUGAAGGAGUACAACCUCAAGCCCCUGGCCCGCCUGGUCGCCUUCUCCUUUGUGGGCGUCAACCCUGAGAUUAUGGGCAUUGGCCCAGUGCCUGCCAUCCAGAACGUACUCAAGGUUGCCGGCAAGAAGCUGGAGGAUAUUGAUCUCAUUGAGAUCAAUGAAGCCUUUGCUGCCCAAACUCUUGCCUGUGCCGAUGCUCUGAAGCUGGAUCCCUCCAAGCUGAAUGUAAAUGGCGGUGCCAUUGCCUUGGGACAUCCUCUGGGUGCCAGUGGCUCUCGCAUCACCGGUCACCUGGUCCACGAGUUGCAGCGCAAGGGACUCAAGUACGGCAUUGGCUCGGCCUGCAUUGGCGGUGGCCAGGGCAUUGCCUUGCUGCUUGAAGCUGUCUAAAUUGGAUUGUCCAGCUAGAGCUGACUCCUUUCCGCAUUUACGAUUAAAUUAGUACUGAAAAUUUUCGCUAAAGAGAAACCCCUUUAACUAGUAAUAAAGAAAUUAUUUUAUCUUUA